AUUUCGUACCUCCGUACGGCGGCCCCGCGGCGGCGGCGCCAGUGGCGCGCCAUAUUGUGGCUAUGUUCCAGCAGCCGUGUGUGAUGCACUCGGAGUGAGAGACCGAGGGCUGUGUUCAGCAAGGCAUGCCGUGGUGCUGCGUUCCACUGUGCAAGGGGUCGGCCAAAAAAGGAAAUCGGCUUUUCCCUUUUCCUCGUGACAAGGUGCGGAGAAAGAUAUGGGAAACGCAAGUGCAACGCGACCGCUGGAAGGUGACGAACGGCUCGAGAAUAUGCGAGCGUCAUUUUGAGCAAGAUCAGUUUGAACAGAAUCGUCAGGAUGGACGGCGGCUGUUGAAGUCAUCAGCUGUGCCAACACUCUUUGCUUCCAGCCGCUCCAACUUGGAUGGAACCGCUCAGUCCACAGGACAUGGUGAUGGAGCCAGUCUGUUGGGGGAGACCAGAUUCCUACAGAAGGCCACCGAGGACAUCUGGUUCAGAUGUUGUACCUGCACCUUUGUCACUAGAGAUCAGCAUGAAAUUGUGAGCCACUUGGUUGCCCAUGGUGAUGAAGAGUCCAAGUCCCAGCGUCCUCCCAUGUUGCCUAGUUCUAGGUCCAAAGCGCACGGCGAUGUUCAAAAACGGGAGGGUGAUAAGCUGUUCAAUUGUCCCAGGUGUCUGCAAAUGCAUUUCAGGAAACAGCCCUGUUUGAUUCAUGUGCCGAGACCCUACAAGUGCAAGCAGUGUCCCAGAGUGUUUGCUCGUAAUUCCAGUCUGACCAUCCACAAUCGAACGCACACGGGCCAAAAACCUUACAAGUGCAGACAUUGCUCCAAAGCCUUUGAUCGGAAUGGCACUCUCAGUCUCCAUGUUCGAACGCACACGGGCGAAAAACCCUACAAGUGUGAGCAAUGCCUCAAGUCCUUCACUCGGCUUUCAAGCCUGAAGGACCACAUUCGAACACACACAGGUGAAAAACCUUACAAAUGCAACCAGUGUCCUAAAGCCUUCACUCAGCCUGCACACUUGACUCAUCACAUUCGAACACACAUGAGUGAGAAACCUUACAAGUGUGAGCGAUGCCCCAAAGCCUUCACUCGGCUUGCACACCUAGCUGACCACAGUCAAAUGCACACGGGGAAAAACCCUUACAGAUGCAAGGAAUGCCCAGAGGUCCUUGCUCGGAGUACAAGUCUUGCCAACCACAAUCAAACACACACAGGUCAAAAACCUUACAGCUGCAAGCUAUGCCCCCAAACGUUUACUCAGAAUGCAUGUCUUGUCCGCCACAGGCGAAUGCACACAGGUGAGAAACCUUACAAGUGCACCCUAUGCUCCCAAGCAUUUGCUCAGAGUUGCGGUCUCAUUCGCCACAAUCGAAUGCACACAGGUGAGAAGCCUUUUAAGUGCGAACAGUGUCCCAAAACCUUCACUCGGCUUGCAAGCCUGAAUGACCACAUUCGAACGCACACAGGUGAAAAACCUUAUAAAUGUAAGCUGUGUCCCAAAAAUUUUGCUCAGCGUAAUAAUUUAACUCGCCAUGCUCAGGUCCAUAUGCGCAAUGAACCUUACAAAUGCCAGCAAUGUUCCAGCUCAUUUUCUAACCAGUCUUCGCUCGUCCGGCACGUCCCAAUACAUGAGAUUGACAAAAGAGAAGUGCCUGUGUACGAGGACACUGGCAGAAAAGAGGUCUUUGAAUUGUCGUUCUUGGCUGCUGAUCGUAUGGACGUGGCGCAGCAGUUUCCACGUAAUCAACCAAUGUAAGACUUUUUUACCCGUUUGCGAGUUCAGAUUUGAGCAAAAAUUUGAAACUUCUCAGCAACACGAAUAGCGAGAAAAGUCUUGCUGCCUUUGAUGUGCUUGUCCCUAGUACUACUUCACCCACCAGUCAAUGGGCACGUUAAGUCGACGCUCCUGUACUCCUACUCCACCGCUCAGAGUUUCAGACUUCGGGCGCAGCAACGAAACGAAAGCGUAGCAUACGGGAGCGCAACACACCGAAACUGUUGACCAGCCGCAUAAGCCACUUCCAGCCCACUGAAACAAAAGGCGGCGGGGCACUCGUUUGUGGCAUGCAUCUUGCAUGUUCGCACUACAGCACUAUGUAGCCGCUUCGAAGCAGAGUAGCGCAAUCUAGAACGCAAUCUCUCGGUGACUAGCGGCGAACACCCGAAGGUUCCAACCUUGGUCACAAAUGCAUGGGGAAUGUGAGAAAAUCGUUGUUCCUUGAAUAUUUUGGGGAUGUACGGAAAGACAAUAGUUUUUGACAUAAGGAACAGUUUACAAUAAUUUGCGCUAAGUUGCGUGCCAUGUAAGAACGUAAUUUUAAAAAAAAACAAUUCCCUGAGAGGCAUCAUGCAGCAGACGACGCGGCGAUGGGCACCAAUCAUGUGACCUGCUCCGGCCAAUCCAUAAAGUCCAUCUCCGCUGCAUAAAACAAUCGUCUGCUUUGAACGUUGUUGCCUUGGAAAUUACCAACCUGACGACAGAUUAGUUUAGAAAAAUGUGAACACUGCGUUUAUUUUUUAACCAGCCGUGUUGCGUUGACCUUCACGUGUUCUCCCGUAGGACGGGCGCCUCCUGGAACCCUGAGUACCACGUGACUCAUGCUGAGCUGCUCUGUCGGCUAUAUUGUCGGCAAAACACGCGGAUCGAAGGAUUGCGUUACUCUGCUCCGUAGGAGCUAUAUAGUGCUCUAGUUCGCACACUGGUUGUCGGCACUUGUAAGAGACGCAAAGCGUGGAUUUUUAUAGAGGGACUUUGGGUGCUACACAACUAUUUCGACCUCGGUGGAAGCCGAAACUAAACCAAGUUUGAUGUCGCGUGGUCUUUCUGAAUGGCGAAAUAAAUGAAUUGGGGAGA